AUGCCCCGUGAUCCCCUGAUCGCCCUCGUAGGCAAGCCCUCCUCCGGCAAAUCCACUACUCUCAACAGCCUGACCGACGCCUCGUCCAAGACAGGCGCCUUCCCCUUCACGACCAUCGACCCACAGCGCGCGAUCGGCUACCUGCAAAUCGAGUGCGCCUGCGGUCGCGACCCGUCGAAGAACCUUACAUCGAGGUGCAAACCCAACUACGGCGCCUGCAUUAACGGGAAACGCUCCGUGCCGAUCGAGCUGUUGGAUGUUGCGGGCCUGGUUCCGGGUGCGCAUGAGGGGAAAGGCUUGGGGAAUAAAUUCCUGGAUGAUUUACGGCAUGCGGAUGCGCUGAUCCAUGUCGUCGAUGUAAGCGGGACGACGGAUGCGGAGGGUAAGGUUACGCGGGGGUAUGAUCCCAGCGUUGAUAUUGAGUGGCUGCGGGGCGAGAUUGUGCGGUGGGUGCAGGGAAAUCUGAUGGACCGGUGGGGCAGUAUCGUGCGUCGGCACGUUGCUAUCAAAGCGCAUCCGGCGGAUACCCUGCAGGGGCAGUUCUCGGGGUACGGUUCGACGCGAGAACUUGUACAGAGAACUUUGGACAAGUUGGGGGUGAAAGAGCCGCUGGAGAAGUGGGACGAUGCCACGUGUGAGAGGAUGGUGAAUGCAUUUGUGGACGAGAAGUUCCCGACGGUGUUGGCUCUUAACAAGAUUGAUCACCCGGAUGCGGAUCGGAACGUGGCGAAAAUUGCGAAAGCGGUGGCCGCGGAGCGGAUAGUGCUGUGUUCGGCGAUUAGUGAGGUGUUUCUGAGGAGGUUGGCGAAGCAGGGGUAUAUCAGGUAUCGAGAGGGCGAUGAGUACCUCGAUACGAGGGAAGACUUGGUUGAGCAGGGUGAUCCUACGGGAGGUGGACUGAAAGAGAUGGAUGAGAAGCUGAAGACAAGGAUCGAGAAUCUAAAGGACAUGGUCCUCUAUCGGUUCGGCAGCACCGGCGUGGUGCAGGUACUGAGUCGAGCAGCGGAAGUACUUGGAUUGGUCCCAGUCUUCCCUGUACGCAACAUACACACCUACGGAUCAGGCUCGGCAGGUUCCACGGCUGUGUUUCGAGACUGCGUACUUGUCAAGAAGGGCAGCACUGUCGGCGACGUGGCACGAAAGAUCAUGGGAGAUGCACCAAUUGCAUUCAUCGAAGGCGACGGUGGCAGGCGAAUCGCUGAAGAUCAGCAUGUUGCGGUUGGGGUAAACGAUAUCAUUUCUGUUCAUGUUGGGAGGUGA